AAGACUGUGAGCUGGGAAGGAAUAUUAAGAGUGUAUAUACUAAAUUUGUUAUCUGUUAAAAUAUUAGAUCAUUAAGUACACUUCCUUAUCGCGCCGCGACUUUACACAGAUAUACCACCACGAAGAUGAAACGGAUAGUACCUAUAGGCUUUGUCCUGUUUGGAUUUAUUUUACUCAACAUAAAAGUUGCCGAAUGCAUCACAUGCUUAAGCUGUCACAAUGUCGCUGAUUUAAGUAACUGCAAAGAAGCCAUUUUGUGCAAUGCCAACGAGACUUGCUACAUAGAAAAAAAACUGUCUCCAGUUGACUUCAAACCGGUUUACAAUACUGGAUGUAAGGCUUUGGAAUAUUGCACCUUACAAUUAUGUAAUAAGAAGGCAUACGGUGACGGGUUUUCAAGGAAGAAACAGGUAAACAAUGACCUAACUCUGUGUUCCGAAUGUUGCUUCGAGGAUAGCUGCAAUGUGGAAGGAUGCGGUUAUAAACAACCAGCGAACAACAUCACGCAAUGUUUUAAAUGUGACGAGGUUUUUGAAGGAGGACCACAAUGUACAACAACUGAAGAUUGUGAUCUUACAUUAUAUGCGUGCUCUGUCACAAAUCAUCCUCGUUCUCUUCAACCUGGGACAUAUGAACUCGGAUGCAAAUUCAAAAGAGCACAAUGUGAAGUGUAUGUAAAUUUGACUGGUGAGCAGAAAGAUAAAAACGUGAAAUGUUGUGACACAACCCUCUGUAACCCAAGUCCAUACAACAGAAAACUCAAUAAAACCGAAUUAGAGCAUGAUUUCAAAUGUCCAGAAGGAAUAAGUAAAUAUUUUACCAUUUUGUUUAUAUACAGUAAUCAUGGUUUAAUAAGUAAAUUUGUUUGAGACUAGCUUAUAAAUG